CAAGACAAGUGGACGCAGGGCGCUCGUUACUUUGGAAAAUAACUGCUCUUAGUGGCAGGUAGGAGGAAUGCAGAGCAGAAUAAAAACACGUCGACAUCUUCUCUUCUUCCCACGGUGUGCGCAUGUGUGGGGAGACUUUCUAGUUGGGUGGGUUGUGUGGCUAAAUAGAGCGCCCACUCCACUCCAGUGCAGCUUUGAACCUGACCGGAGUGAGGAGAUGACGCCUGUCUCCCUCUGACAUACACACGUGUUCUUUUUUUUUCUUUUUUCUUUUUUUUUUUUCCCCUGUGGAGGGAUUCCUGACUUCAUCUGGACAACACGGAAGUAUUUUGUGCUUAAUUCCCGUGUAGCACGUUAAGAUUAUUACUGCAAACCACACUUCGUAUUCAUGUCUCAGGAUUUCCCCCCGCCCAACGGAUUACAAACAGACGUCGGACUACUUCCACAUUGAGAUGCUGCUGUCCUUUAAUCGUGAUGUUGGUGACUCUUUCUCCUCACGGGGGGUCUUCGUCGCAGCGUGAAGGUUGCAAGCAAAACGAAAAGACGUGCGAGAACGUUUAGAAUGUCAGGAAAAGGCGAACACCGGCUGCUGCAGACGCUCAUUUGGCUGCUUGCGGUCUUGGCGCGGAGUGGAGCAGUUUCCAGAUGUGCGAACCACGCCUGCAGUCCACCCAUUACGAACUUGGCUACAGGCAGAGGUCUCAUCACCCUCUCAAGGAGCUGUGGGAACACCUCACAUGAACACAUCCCAUGUCCCCACCCACCUAGUCACAUGACUGAUGAUCCUUUCUUGCACCCAAAUACCUGGUGGGAAUCCAGUGCAGAGCCCACCAUGCAGGGGAAGCAGGACGAGAUCCGUCUGGACCUGGAAACACAGUUCUGUAUGUCCCAUGUGGUUUUGUUGUUCCGGUCGCCGCGGCCCGCUGCCAUGGCCGUUGAGCGAUCGACAGACUUUGGGCAUUCCUGGGUGGUUCUUAAGGUCUUUGCACACAACUGUAGCAUGGAGUUUGGUUUGCCUGAUGAUUUUAUUCAGCCUGGCUCUUUGUGUACAUCCCGUUACAGCAGCGCAGCACCCUGCAGUGGUGGGGAGGUGAUAUUACGGUUACUUGACCCGAACAAUGCAAAUUUAUUGGACCCCUACAGUCCAGAGGCUCUUGUCCGCCUGACCCUCACCAACCUGCGUAUCAGACUGCUGAAAGCUCAGACUUGUCCUCCCCUUCAGCAGACCUCAGAGGAACAAACACAGCCUACACCCACCUCACUGACAGGACCUUACGCUCUUUAUAACUUGCUGGCACAAGGGACGUGCCUGUGCCACGGACAUGCUGAGAUUUGUGUGGCACGCCACAGCAGCCAAGACGCACAGCAGGACGGUAACAUGGUGUCAGGACGCUGCGUGUGUACUCACCACACGGCGGGCUACCACUGUGAGAAGUGCGCGCCACUCUACAACGACCGUCCCUGGAGGCCUGCCAACGGGAGCAGUGGCGACGCAAAUCCAUGCCAAAAGUGCGAGUGUCACGACCAUGCAGACAGCUGCCACUUCUCCCAGCGAGCCUGGCUCUCCACCGGUGGCCAGAGCGGCGGGGUCUGCGAUAGCUGCAGACACAACACCUUUGGGCCCAGGUGCCAGCGCUGUCGUCGAGGCUACCGCCGUCACCCGACUUUGCCCAUCAACUCCCCCCACACUUGCCAGCGAUGCUGGUGUGACCUCGAAGGCUCCUCGUCUCCACAUCCUGGAGAUGAGGAAACCUGGUGCCACCAUCGGAGUGGCCAGUGCAAGUGUAAAACUGGUGUUGGGGGCACAAGCUGCACUCAUUGUAUGCCUGGCUAUUGGGGCUUCGGCGCUGAGGGCUGCAAAGCCUGCGCCUGCCCCAACAGCUGUAAUCCCACCACUGGGCAGUGUCUGGACAGUCAUUCAAAUAAUCAGUUGUUCAACAUACCCAUCGGUGGAAAAGUCCCUACUUUGGAUUCUCAAUUUUUCAUGGAUGAAGGGACCCAGUGGCCAAAAGAGCAGGCCGUCUCUGUGCUGCACUCCUCAGGAAAGUGCAGCUGUAAGGAGAAAAGGCUAAGAAGUGUGUCUGACCUCUGCAAGAUUAAACAUGACUAUGUGAUUAAGGCGAGUGUGAUGUCAGCUCAUGACAAGGGCAGCUAUGCAGAAGUGCAGGUCAAAGUGCGCAAGGUCCUACGAUCAGGUCCGGUGGCACUGAGCUCAGGGACCAUCAGUAUCUAUCCAGUGUCCUGGACUAGCCGUGGGUGCACCUGCCCCAUCCUAAACCCAGGUAUGCAGUACCUGCUGGCAGGCCCGGAAGAAUCCGCCACAGGCCGUUUGCUGGUCACAAUGCAAAGUGUGGUGGUCCCCUGGACCCCCAGAUUGGGCCUUCUCAUUACAGACAGCCUAAGAAGUGGAUGCCUAAGAUGGACAGUCUCCAAAACGGUCAAGAAUUCAGUUCAGAGAGACUGACAAUCACUGGUGACAAGUUGAACCACCAGCACAAACCCAGAAAAUAGUAAAGUUGAUGGUCAAAAGAUAAAUUAAUACUUGCUGUGGCAGCACAAGGCACUCAUUUCUAUCAGUACUUUCAUUGAAUGUCAAAGACCAACUGGAAGGCCGUGCGAGCAAGCAAAGUAAUGCCUAGAUUAGACGACAGAAUUUAAGCCUCGUUAUUGGCCCGAUUAGCUAUCGCGGGCGAUUUCUCAGAUCGGGCCCGACAUAUUUUGUCGGGAACGACAAAACUUCUUGAUUUUCCUCUUUUUGUUCUUCCCGCCCCCCCAACACAAUACAUUGGCGCCAGCCAUUGUAUAUCAUCGCCAUGGUAACGGGUGUACCGGUCGCGUUGACCGGUAACGCGUUUUCUAGUUCACCCUCUCUGACACUGUUUGAUUUGACAGGAUAAAGCGCAGUGUUUGUAAAAGACAGGAUAGGAUGGUAUCGGAAUACGUCCUGUACUGUUGCCACUGUCUGACCGAGAUACGGCAAGAAUUUAUGGCAGUAGUCUGACAUAGUGCAAUCGGGAAAGAACACAUUUUUCAUGUGGUCUGAUCCAGCCAUUAGGGAAGUGGACAAAAUUGCCCUUAAAUAUAAAUUCAGAAAUAAUCAUUCAAAAUCAAAAUAAUCAUUCUUCCACCAACAUCAUUUUAUUCUGAACAAUCGUGUCGAUUAAAGUCAUAAUUAUUGCUCAGAGCGCAGCAGACAUAGGUGAACCUGAAUGUGUAAAUGUCUGGAUUUUAUUAAAUUCUCCUUUUUGUUUUAACCUCAUUUGAUGGAGGAUAUAUUGAAGGCGAGUCAAUUUACGUAUCAUCUUGUGGCUCGCCUGACUGAGCAUCUGAUCAAUUUUCUUUGUUUAAAAGUAGCUGGUACAUUUCUCUCCAACUUUACUCGCACCCAUGAUCAUUGUCUUCAAAGGUUCCACAGUAAUAUUGUUCUGGUCACCAUUACUGGAAUCCAGGAUCAGUGCUAAAGAGAACACGGACAGACAAGUUGAUCUGGGACUAGGUCCUUCUUUGUGUACAGAAGAAAACUAAACUAAAUGAGAACUUUCAGAAGAUAUUGCAGUUGUUCUCAAACCUUUAUACCAAGUACUAUGUUUUAAAAAAAAAAAAAACUCAGCGCUCCAAGUACCACCAUCAUGAAACAUUAAAAUACAGUACCAUAAUAGGUUAUGAAACUAUCACUGCAGGUUGCUGUAACAUUUUGCACAGUCUGAACAUUAACACUGUGCCUUAAUAUAGGAGACUGUACUAAAACGUUGAACAGAACUUAACUGUACUUGGGCAGGGAUUCUUUUGCGUAACACUAAUGGUACAAGUACCACACUUUGAGCAUCACUGAGAUAUUGUAUGUCAUACAUAAAAACUCAAAGGUGGCAAUAACAGUAACCAGAACUGAAGGUACACUUAGUACUCACACACAUGCAGACAAAGCACUGUUUGUAUCACAUAAGGGAGCCAAUUGGCCUAGUUUAACAUUUUCAUUCAAUCUUUCAGCUGGUGACUCAGCAGCAACAAAGAAAUGUAGAUAGUUCUGAAUGAUCAGGUCCAACAUUAACAAGCACAAAUCACAAAAGGGGUUCGAAAUGUCACCUGAA